UUUGAAAGACUGUUGAUCCAGAAAGAGAGAAAUGGCAGAAACCGCUCCCGCACCCGCUGCUGCCGCCCCGGCCAAAGCGCCCAAGAAGAAGUCCGCUGCGAAAGCCAAGAAAGCAGGUCCAGGCGUCGGCGAGCUCAUCGUCAAAGCGGUGUCCGCAUCCAAGGAGAGGAGCGGCGUGUCCCUCGCCGCGCUGAAGAAAGCGCUCGCUGCCGGCGGAUACGACGUGGAGAAGAACAACUCCCGCGUCAAGAUCGCCAUCAAGAGCCUGGUGACUAAAGGCACUCUGAAGCAGGUCAAAGGAACCGGCGCUUCGGGCUCAUUCAAGCUCAACAAGCAGCAAGCCGAGACCAAGAAGAAACCGGUCAAGAAAGCGGCUCCUAAAGCGAAGAAGCCCGCGGCCAAGAAACCCGUCGCUGCCAAGAAGCCCAAGAGCGCAGCGGCAAAGAAGCCCGCCGCCAAGAAAUCGCCCAAGAAGGCCAAGAAGCCCGCCGCCAAGGCCGCUAAGAAGGCGACGAAGAGCCCCAAGAAGGCAAAGAAGCCAGCAGUCGCUAAGAAAGCAGCCAAGAGCCCUAAAAAGGCAAAGGCUGCUAAACCUAAAGCUGCAAAACCCAAAGCCGCCAAGCCUAAAAAGGCAGCGCCCAAAAAGAAAUAAAGUCCAGUGUUUGUUCAUCAACGGCUCUUUUAAGAGCCACCCACUAACUCUGAAUAAGAGCAAAACUAGUUUAUAUCAAUGAUAUGUGUUCUUUUUGAAAGCAACUCUUGGACUCAUUAAUUCUGAACAAACAACUCAAAACGUCUUGAAGAAGACAUCAACGUUAUGUUAUCCAUUAUUUAUAUAUAAGACGUAUUGUAAAAAGCAAAAAAAAAAAAAAAA